UCUGCAGCCUACAUACCACCAAAAGAAACCUUCCCGAGCAAACAUGUUAAUUCGGACAAUGCUACCAACGUGAUACUUUCUGUGUUGAAGCCAGUCAAAUGUCAUUAGCUGUCGGUGUCUGCAUUAUUGUUGUUUCAAUUUCCGCCUUCGCUAGCUGUGGAUUGCCCUCUGCGAUUUCCAAUGCUUACCCUCUGCCCUCUGUUAACUGGUGUCCCAGCUGCGCAAGCAUGUCCGGCGCACGUGGCGCCGUACUUCUCGAUACUCUUGUCCAUUGUAUAAUCAACAACAACACUCAUUGUACUUUCGUGUCAGUCAACGCCAAGGGCACAUGGAAACAGCCAGUGAACUGGUUCUCACGAUUUGGGGCAGGGAAAGCCUUGCUUGGAAAGCAAGGUAAUUAGGAAACCACGCCAGAUCUGUGUCUGAUGUUAUCCAUGACAGGAUCGCAGACGAUCUCUUUGGGAGAUGUCGUUCCUGUGAUCUAAAUAUCAUGGCGCUCCAGAGCGGAUGUUGUUACGCAGUCAUCAUCGUU